CGUGACCGGAGGCCGAAGCUCGCGCAAGACAGGAUGGCGGAUGUCGACAGCCUGAAGUCACUCAGCGGUUUACUAAACGGAAUAGCUCAAAAGGCAUAUUAUAAUAAUCUGGAAAUUACAGAAGAACUGCUAAAGAAUGAGCUUUAUUCAGAUCUGUCACAAGAAGAGUUUCAUGCUUUGCAUGAGAAGAUGAAGGGUCUCUUAAAGUCCAUUGCCACAGCUGAUAUGGAUCAAACCCAACUGGAGGCCUUCUUGACAGCCCAGACUAGGAAGCAGGGUGGCGGGGCAGUAAGUUCAGAGCAGGCAACCGCCCUGUCCAGAUUUUGGAAGAACCAGCGGAGCCGGAUAAGGGAGAGCCUCCUGGGGCAGAGUCGCUGGGAGCCCACUCUUCGGGGCAUGAGCUGGAGAGUGGACCUGCAGACCUCCGCUAGCAGAGGGCAGCCUGUCAGCAGCCCUGUCGCCUUGGUGGAGCUCGAGCUUGGCAGGACUGGGGAGGAUUCUGAAUUCGUGUGUAUGGAGUUCGAUGAGGUCAAAGUGAACCAAGUGCUGAGGAAGAUGACGGAGAUCCAGGAGAGCAUCGACCACAUCGUGCACCACAGCUGAAGCAGAAGUGUCCGUGCCUAGCCGGGCUCCGGGCCGACCAGACAAGUCCCUAACCCGUCCAGCUCAGGCCGGGCAGACGCUGUGUGCCUGAGGGGGUCCCACCUGUAUAGAUGGGCUUGCUUUGUCCGCAAAAGAUGCGUCGGAGAGAGAAUGGGUUGGGUUCCCCCUGCCCCUACACUUCUCUUCCUUUCCGCUAUAGACAAAGGUGGACAUUUCAGGUCCAGAAAGCAAAAAUCCAAACCAGGAUUUUGUUUCAACCAAGCAGUUGAGUCCUCUGUGUCUGUGACUCUUUAUACUCAACUGGUUGGUUGAAACAAAAUCCUGGUUUGGAUUUUUACUUUCUGGACCUGAAAUGUCCGCCUCUGCCUAUAGAUGCGGUAAAGUAGAAACCCCACCAUGUUUGUAACCAUGCUUCUGGAACGUGAAGUACUGGCUUCACUAACACUUGACAUAGCGAUAUGCAGGCGGGGGUGGCUCUCUGCUGGCUUUCUGUAGCGGCAGGUGCGUUUGUGGGUGGGGUGGGGGCAGCUCUGGUUGCAUCCUGCAGGUGAUAUGUCAGGGACGCUGCGUUUCCGCGUCCGCUCGCCCGUGGAAGGUCACCGACCUGAUCCCCUUCACCUUACUGUUAGCUGGACAUGGCCUUUCAAAUGUGUCCUGUUCCCCCCUCUCUCUCUGCUCCAUGAAGCCUGUCUCUCCCAGUAAGCACAGCUUCACCGCCCAGUAACAUCCCUCCUAAUGUUCUUUCUCGAUUCUUGUAGUUGGGGGUUGGGAGGGACGUGCCCUAAAAAUCAUCAGAAACCCUGUCUGGAUCUUUCUGUCAACAUAUUUUUGUGUGGUAUGUAACCUCAUAUGAGUCUGUAUGUUUAUAGGUCACAUUUUUUGACUUCCAUUGUGGUGGACUAUUGUUUUAGCUUUUGUAUAAAGAACUACUGUGCUGGUUGAAUCAUUGAACUUCUUUUAAAAAGUCACCGGAA